AUUCGAAAAAGGAGGCCGUAAGAUUACCAAUAGAAAAUGGAAAAGGAUACAAUUACUUUCGAUUUAAUUAUUUGACAAUAUAUUUCCUUGUAAUGGCUGGUGAUUGGCUUCAAGGCCCUUAUCUAUAUGCUAUAUACAAGGGUUAUGGUUUUGAAUUAGGCGAAAUCGCAAUUUUGUUUAUAUCCGGAUUUUUAUCAAGUGGCUUUUUUGGAACCAUAAUAGGUUCUGCUGCUGAUAAAUUGAUUCUAGGAGGAAUUAGUACAUCACUUUUAUUUUCAGUUUUUGAGGCCUGGAUGGUCAGUGAGCAUUUUUCAAGAGGUUUUUCAUCAUCAUUACUUUCCGAUACGUUCUCUAAAGCAACUUUUGGUAAUGGCUUGGUGGCUAUAUUUAGCGGAUUAUUUGCGAACUGGCUAGUAGAACGUCAUGGUAUUAGCUCACCUUUUUUGGCAGCUAUUGGUUUUUUUAUAACGGCAGCCAUUGUGAUAAUGAUUACUUGGAAAGAGAAUUACGGGAAUAUUUCCGAAAAUACAAAUACAUUUCAGAGUCUUUUUCAAGCUGUGAAUGUUAUUAAGAAUGAUUCCCAUGUCCUUGCAAUUGGUGCUGUACAGUCUCUUUACGAAGCAUCGAUGUAUAUUUUUGUUUUCUUGUGGGGACCACUUUUAGAAAGCCAUCAUAUUUCGGAUGAUUCAAAUUUACCUUUUGGCAUGAUUUUCGCUAGUUUUAUGGUUGCAAUAAUGAUCGGAUCUUUGCUUUAUGGAUAUUUAAGUGGUUCUAUGAAUAUUUCUUUAUCCGACAUAGCGAGUGGAAUAUUUUUUAUCGCAUCGAUAUCACUACUAUUACCUUUGUUUACUGAAAAUGAAUUUUCCUUAUUUGUUUUCUUUAUUAUAUUCGAAGUGACUUGUGGUCUCUAUUUUCCGUUAAUUGGAACGCUUCGAGCAAAAGUAAUUUCUGAAAACAUAAGAGCUACCGUUGGAAAUUUGUUUAGAGUGCCAUUGAAUUUGAUAGUAGCCUAUAUAUUG